AUGUAUACUGAUGCUGAAUCCGAUCGGAUGCUUUACUUCUAUGGAUCUGACUACAUUUUCAAUUCACUUCUCUAUCACGCCUAUCAAACACCAAACUAUAAAAAGCUAAACAGGAAAAACAUAUCAAAGAAGUAUCGCGGUUUUCUUUCGACCGUCUGUGGUGGGAACGAAAGCUCCAGAGAUUUUACUGCGUCGAUAUGCGUUGGAAAAUUGAUACCGCAAAUAGCUGAGGCAUACCCCAACACGACGACAUCUUUUGUAUUGUUGCCGCACGGCCUUCCUGAUUUCCAGUUCAACGGAGAUGCUGGCGCCAUUAAAUUAUCAAGUAGGUGUCUUCUUCUGUACGCUUUUUGA